AAUAAUCAUCAUCUUUCCAAUGAGGUCAAAAUGUGGAAGGAGAGAACUCUUAAAAGAGAAGCUCACAAAGAAGUGACUUGUGAGAAUUCUCCAAAGUCUCCUAAAGUGACCGGACCAGCUUCUCAAGAGAGACAGCAUACGCCUUCUCAAUGCAAGGAACGGAAUUUACAAGAUCCUGUGCCAAAGGACUCACCGAAAUCUUGGUUUUUUGAUGGCCGAUCAAAGUCUUUCCCAGCACCUCACCCAGUUCGCUAUUUUGAUAACUCAAGUCUAGGCCUCCGCCCAGAAGAACAAACUGCUGGAGCAGAGAGUGUGGAUCCUCAGCCAGGCCCUUGGCACGCCUCCUCAGGACAAGCUGUGCCCGAGUGCAAGACUCAGUAAACUCUGCUGUCACUUUUCUAGGGGCCUAGUGUUCCUUAUUUAGAAAUGACUGUAUUUGUUACUUUAUUUUUCUAUCCCUGGCAAUGAUGUCACAGUCCAACUUAAUUUCAAUUCAGUUUGCACUUUGCCAUUAGAAAUUGAGGCAUUCCAGUCAUUUAGAAUGGUGAUAGACUGCCUUCUUCCUGAAUGUGGUAAUACUUUAGAAGUUGAAUUGUUUUAUUUAUUUAUAUAUUUUGUGAAGAAUAAAGUUAU